AUGGUGGUGAAAGUAUAUGGUCCGCUUAAGGCCGCUUGCCCUCAGAGGGUUUUGGCUUGCCUUCUUGAGUUCGGUGCAGACUUCGAGCUUGUCCACGUUGAUCUUCACGCCGGCCACCACAAACGCCCUGACUUUCUUCUUCGCCAGCCAUUUGGACAAGUUCCUGUCAUUGAGGAUGGGAAUUUCAGGCUCUUCGAGUCAAGGGCAAUCAUAAGGUAUAUCGCAGCAAAGCACGCAGGGCGAGGCCCGAACUUGCUUGGAAGAACGGUGGAGGAGAGGGCCCUAGUGGACCAAUGGCUGGAAGUCGAAGCCCAUAAUUUUAACGAUCUGGUUUACACCCUAGUGCUCCAACUUGUGAUCCUCCCCCAAAUGGGUCAACAAGGAGACCUGGCCUUGGCCCACUCCUGCGAGUGCAAGCUGGAGAAGGUGCUCGACAUCUAUGAGCAACGGUUAUCGGAGAGUGUCUACCUCGCCGGAGACUCCUUCACCUUGGCCGAUCUCAGCCACCUUCCUGGAAUCAGGUACCUCAUCGAGGAUGCUGGAAUGGGUCACUUGAUCAAGGAGAGGGAGGCCGUCAACUCCUGGUGGGAGGACAUCUCAAGCAGGCUUGCUUGGAAGAAAGUCAUUAAGUUGGCUGCUGAAUGA